GUGGGGGAGAGCUCCGCCAGCCCUGCGGGGUGAGCAGUCCAUCCCUGGGUCCGGCGGAGCUAAGACACUGCAGCCGGAAAACUUCCAUCUCCCUCUCCUGGCUUUGAUCUUCACCGGACAGCAGACCCGAGGCGCCGACCGACCGGAGGGAGGAUGAGAGAUGACCGGUCCUUUGGCAACCUGACCAUCUCCUUAGCAGAGCCUUCCAAAGCGAACCGGAGGCUGGCCACACGACCCAGGAGGCGCCGCGCCUCUUGUGGAUGUGUGUGUAUGAGUGAGCAAGAGGGUGUAUGUGUGAGUGUGUGUAUGUGUGUGUGUGAGUGAGGUGUGAGUGAGGGUGUGUGUGUGUGCGUGUGUGUAUGUGCGCGCUUGUGGUGUGGAUGGGUGUGUGCACAGCACAAUUGCGUGGAAGCGUGUCCGGGUGAGUGUGCACUCGUGUUUGUGUAUGUGCGCGUGCUCUUGGCUGCUAUUAUUAUUAUUAUUUUGGAAGAAAACCCCUGGAAAUCUGGGACAGGUUAUGGUACUUACUCCCAGGGUGAUUUCUUCUUUUACAAGAGGAGCUGACCAGAGAAAGCCACCAGAGCCAUUUCCCUGCCAGCAGAGAGCAUUUUCCUCCCUGAAGAAGGAUUUCUACCCAGCUCUGCAGCCAAGUAAAAGAGAUUAGCCUUGAAACCUGUGAAAUCGACUAUCGCUGUGUGAUUACCCAGGCUUGGGAGAGGGCUUGGAAAGAAAAGGAGAAAUAAAUCAAGCAGUCUGUCAGUUCUUUUUGCCACGUCGGAAGAUGUCAUCUCAAACUAAGUUCAAGAAAGACAAAGAGAUCAUUGCCGAAUAUGAAGCCCAAAUAAAAGAGAUCCGCAUGCAGCUGGUGGAGCAGUUCAAAUGCCUGGAGCAGCAGUCAGAGUCGCGGCUGCAGCUGCUGCAAGACCUGCAGGAGUUCUUCCGCAGGAAAGCUGAGAUCGAGCUGGAGUACUCCCGAAGCCUGGAGAAGCUGGCUGAGCGCUUCUCCUCCAAGAUCCGCAGCUCCCGGGAACACCAGUUCAAGAAGGAUCAAUACCUCCUCUCACCCGUGAACUGUUGGUAUCUGGUACUGCAUCAGACCCGGCGGGAGAGCCGAGACCAUGCCACCCUCAAUGACAUCUUCAUGAACAACGUCAUCGUCCGCCUUUCCCAGAUCAGUGAGGAUGUCAUCAGACUCUUCAAAAAGAGCAAAGAGAUUGGCCUGCAGAUGCACGAGGAGCUGCUGAAGGUGACCAAUGAGCUCUACACAGUCAUGAAAACCUACCACAUGUACCACUCAGAGAGCAUCAGUGCAGAAAGCAAGCUGAAGGAGGCCGAGAAGCAGGAGGAGAAACAGUUCAACAAGUCAGGAGACCUCAGCAUGAACCUGCUCCGGCACGAGGACCGGCCCCAGCGCCGCAGCUCCGUGAAGAAGAUUGAGAAGAUGAAGGAGAAGAGGCAGGCCAAAUACUCCGAGAAUAAGCUCAAGUGCACGAAGGCUCGCAAUGACUACCUGCUGAAUCUGGCAGCCACCAACGCAGCCAUCAGCAAAUACUACAUCCACGAUGUGUCUGAUCUCAUUGAUUGCUGUGAUUUGGGCUUUCACGCCAGUCUGGCCCGCACCUUUCGGACCUACCUCUCAGCAGAAUAUAACCUGGAAACCUCUCGCCAUGAGGGCUUGGAUGUCAUAGAGAACGCCGUGGACAACCUGGACUCCCGGAGUGACAAGCACACGGUCAUGGACAUGUGCAGCCAGGUCUUCUGCCCCCCACUCAAAUUCGAGUUCCAGCCCCACAUGGGGGAUGAGGUGUGCCAGGUUAGCGCACAGCAGCCCGUCCAGACGGAGCUGCUUAUGCGGUACCACCAGCUGCAGUCCAGGCUGGCCACCCUCAGGAUUGAGAAUGAAGAGGUUAGGAAAACCCUAGAUGCCACCAUGCAGACCUUACAGGACAUGCUGACCGUGGAGGACUUCGAUGUCUCUGACGCCUUCCAACACAGCCGAUCUACAGAGUCCAUAAAGUCAGCCGCUUCUGAGACCUACAUGAGCAAAAUCAACAUCGCCAAAAGGAGAGCCAACCAGCAGGAAACAGAGAUGUUUUAUUUCACAAAAUUUAAAGAAUAUGUGAAUGGCAGUAACCUCAUCACCAAGCUGCAAGCCAAGCAUGACUUACUCAAGCAGACUCUGGGUGAAGGGGAGAGAGCAGAGUGCGGCACAACCAGGCCCCCCUGUCUUCCCCCUAAACCACAGAAAAUGAGGAGACCUAGGCCUCUUUCAGUGUAUAGCCAUAAACUCUUUAACGGCAGUAUGGAAGCAUUCAUUAAGGAUUCAGGACAAGCUAUACCACUGGUAGUUGAGAGCUGUAUUCGAUUCAUCAAUUUAUAUGGACUCCAGCAGCAGGGAAUAUUCAGAGUUCCAGGGUCUCAAGUUGAAGUCAAUGACAUCAAGAAUUCCUUUGAGAGAGGUGAAGACCCCCUCGUGGACGACCAAAAUGAGCGAGAUAUCAAUUCAGUCGCUGGUGUUUUAAAACUGUAUUUCCGAGGACUGGAAAACCCACUCUUUCCUAAGGAAAGGUUUCAAGAUUUGAUAUCUACUAUUAAACUGGAGAACCCAGCUGACAGGGUGCACCCAAUCCAGCAGAUCCUCAUCACCCUGCCCCGCGUGGUCAUCGUGGUCAUGAGAUACCUCUUUGCUUUCCUCAAUCACCUUUCCCAGUACAGUGAUGAGAACAUGAUGGAUCCCUACAACUUGGCCAUCUGCUUUGGGCCCACCCUCAUGCACAUCCCUGAUGGGCAGGACCCUGUAUCCUGCCAGGCGCAUGUCAAUGAAGUCAUCAAAACCAUCAUCAUCCACCAUGAAGCCAUCUUCCCCAGCCCGCGGGAGCUAGAGGGACCUGUGUACGAAAAAUGCAUGGCUGGAGGGGAAGAAUACUGUGACAGUCCACACAGUGAGCCAGGGACCAUUGAUGAAGUUGACCAUGACAAUGGCACAGAGCCUCACACCAGUGAUGAAGAAGUGGAGCAGAUCGAGGCCAUCGCCAAGUUUGACUAUGUGGGGCGGUCCCCUCGUGAGCUGUCCUUCAAAAAAGGGGCCUCAUUGCUCCUGUAUCACCGUGCCUCAGAGGACUGGUGGGAGGGCCGUCACAAUGGUGUGGAUGGACUCAUCCCUCAUCAGUACAUAGUUGUACAGGACAUGGACGAUGCCUUCUCCGACAGCCUGAGCCAAAAGGCUGACAGUGAGGCCAGCAGUGGGCCACUGCUGGAUGACAAGGCCUCCUCCAAGAAUGACCUCCAGUCCCCCACAGAGCACAUCUCUGAUUACGGCUUUGGGGGGGUGAUGGGCCGAGUGCGACUACGGUCUGACGGAGCGGCCAUCCCCAGGCGCCGAAGCGGGGGCGACACACACAGCCCACCCCGGGGCUUGGGUCCCAGCAUAGACACGCCACCCCGAGCUGCUGCCUGCCCUAGCAGCCCCCACAAAAUCCCACUCAGCCGGGGACGGAUUGAGAGCCCUGAGAAGAGGAGGAUGGCGACAUUCGGGAGCGCUGGCAGCAUCAACUACCCUGACAAGAAGGCGUUGGCAGAAGGGCUCUCCAUGAGGUCGACUUGCGGCUCCACCCGGCACAGCAGCCUAGGGGACCACAAGUCCCUGGAGGCUGAGGCCCUGGCAGAAGACAUCGAGAAGACCAUGAGCACAGCUUUGCAUGAGUUGCGGGAACUUGAGAGACAGAACACUGUCAAGCAGGCGCCAGAUGUGGUGCUGGACACCCUGGAGCCCCUGAAGAAUCCACCAGGCCCCAUCAGCUCGGAGCCUGCCAGCCCCCUGCACACCAUUGUCAUCCGAGACCCUGACGCUGCCAUGCGCCGCAGCAGCAGCUCAUCCACCGAGAUGAUGACCACCUUCAAGCCUGCCCUGUCAGCUCGACUGGCUGGUGCCCAGCUGCGUCCACCCCCAAUGCGUCCGGUCAGACCCGUGGUCCAGCACCGAUCCUCCAGCAGCAGCAGCUCGGGCGUGGGCAGCCCGGCCGUGACACCUACUGAGAAGAUGUUCCCCAAUAGCUCCUCGGACAAGUCUGGCACUAUGUGACCUGCAGGACCGGUGACACCGCCGUGGCCCACUGCAGCACACCGUGGCCUUGGGUGGCCCCGGUGGCUUCCACUUGCUUCCCAGGGAUCUCCUGGCCUUGGAGGGCAGAUCCUAGAAGGUCAGCCUGGGAGGGUGUAUGUCUGUGGAGAGCAGAGGCCCAGGCAUUAGCUGCACCUCAGACUCAGCCAUGUGAAUGCCACAGACCUCUUGUGGGCAAAUAGACAUGCCAAGGAAUGCUGGAGCAAGAUCAGUCCCAGGGACAGUGUUUCCUAAGAUUGAGGCAGAUGCUUACCAGCUUCUCAUAUUGUCACUGGAAAAUUAUUCUCUCGAUAUUCUCUACAUACGUAUAUAUGUGUGUGUAUAUAAAUACGUGCAUAUAUAUGCAUAUGUGUACGUAUGUGUCUGUAGGUGUGUGUGUAUAUAUAUUUAUGCAUCUAUAUACAUAUACUAGAGAGCUGGACAUACACACAUGCUAACUGUAUAUAGACGCUCCUUUUUUUUCUUUUUAUGAAACUUAGAUUUACCUCAGACCCAUGCCACCAAACAUCUCCCACUGGUAUUCGGUGGGGUUUGCAGGGACUUCUCUGGGAGAGCUUAGAGGCCCCACAGUAACUGCAAACGAAGCAAUAUACCACUAACCUGCAGAGACACAAAACCAGAAACAGUCUCCAGCUGUCUCCAGAAGUCGUGGCCUUCCAGAACAGUCUGCCCCUCAAGGAAGGGUGGGGCAGGCAGUACCCCCAAGCAGGCUGCUCCUAAAGGUGGGGAACCCUUCACAGAAAACCCUUCAUCUACCCCCAGAGACCCUGCCCUGCCACCCAAAGGCCAGAGGUCAACUGUACCCUAAAAGGCACAGGGGAGGUUGGUGUGAAGACCCUUGGGUUUGUAUGCAGAAACGGGAUGGUGAGGUGCUACACCCCAUCAUAGCACAGCAUUACCUGUGGUUAGGGAAAAGAGAACAACAGCAAAUUCCACAAGAGCCCAAACAGUAGUGUGGAGGAGUUCAAACCCCAGACAUGCUGUAGGGAUAAAUCUGUGGUGACUAUAGAAGUUUACUUCUCUCAUCUUCAAAAUAUUUCAUGUUUUUCUUCUUCCUCUUUCUACUAAUUAGGCUAUGUCAGUUUUGGAACUAAAUGGGCAAGGAGGUGUUGAGUCACACCAUUUCGUUUCAAAUUGGGCCACAGCACACUGUGCUUCCCCACCGGAACCUUCGGUGCCCAGUCAGCCCUUGGCCUCCGUCCUAGCAUGGUUGUGCUGGGAAACACCGUGGGCUGAGAUUUUAUGAAAAUGGAAGUGCUCUCCACGUUCCCUUCCCUUCCUCUUCCUCCACUUCUUCUAAAGCAGUUAAUGUAGACCAAACAUGGCGGUAGAAACAUGGCACGUGAUUCUGCAACAGGACGAAAGCCUUCUGCAUGGCUCUUUUGGGUUCCAUUUUACCUGCACUUUUGCUGUCUCCGUUUUCCAGAUACCUCCAGAUUUUCUGGAUAAUGCAUCACAGGCAAAUCUACCCCUAAAGGGACCAUUUCUACCUUCCCCCUCAUGCCAAACCAAGGAUCUCCCUGCCCGCCCCCACACCCCUUCUGCCUGCCUCUGAGUUUUACAGUACAAAACCCGGAAUUUGAUUCCUAGCUCCCAGCAGACAGGAGCUGUGUGACCCUUGGAUACAGCACUCCUGUCACCUACAGACUCGUUGAGAUGCCACCCUGGGCAUUUCUUCCCAUUGGGCUUGCGUCCACCAUCUCUUGGGUCCUCCAUUAAAAAGCAACUUGCCCUCUGCCCCAGGGAGGGACCUAGUGAGUCACUGGUUCUUGGAUGUGGGGAGGAUUGCUUUCUGCUUUGCCUGGAGGAUCAAGAACGGACACAAAAUGAGAAUGUUGUCAGGGAGAGGCCUGAGCCAGCAAGCCUUCCUUCCCUCUCAUCUUGCUAGGAUGGGCCCUCUGUCUUUGAGCACAUAACGAUAUCUCCAUUUUAUAGUUGAAGAGAGUAAGGCCUGGGGGUGGGCUGGAACCUGGGCAAGACAUGGCAGAUGGCCUAGUGGGCUGCGUGAGGCUCCGGAAGCCCUCAUUUCUAAGUGUUUGCUAUCUCUGCUACGCGCCCAGGAGGUAAGACUUCUUUUUGGUAUCCCAGGGCUAGUCCCAGAUUCUGAAGUCCACUUACCUCCCAGGCAAAAAUGCAACAUUCUCUGCCUGAAUACUGGAUAAGAUAAACAUUGAGUUUACAAAUCUGUUACCCGACACACCUUAUGCUGUGCAGAUUUGUCUCUGGGUUGACUUAGUUCAUUUUUCCUUACUGCCUCUCCCCAAAUGUCCCGAGAGCAGAGCCUCAGCUGUUUUCCUUAAGCAUCUAUUUUUUCCCCCAUUGGCAAGUGGCUGAUGAGUUCACAUUUGGGGAAGCGCAUGCACAGAUGGCAGACGAGUCCCCAACUCCUCCAACCCCCAAUCUGAGCUUUGAUGCGGAACAAAUGGAAAAACACUGUCCACCCCCAUCCCCAACACACACACUUCAUCUGGUCCCCUGCAUGUCUCAGCUACCCCCAGGCCCCAACUUGGUCCCAUCCGUGUCCAUCGAGUGUGAGCAUCUCCCUUCCAACUCCUGCCUGUUUUUAGUCCACUAUAUAUUGCUGUAUUUGUUAAAUGCUGGGAAGUAACUGUUAAAAUGUGAAACUGUAAUUUUUUUUAAAAGGAGGCUACAAUUACAUUAUAGCCAAUGCCACUUACCAAAUCUUUGCACCUAGUAGAUAGAUCAAUGUAAAAACAAAUACCAGAAACCUAAUUGUACAGUGAUUGGGGUGGGGGGUGUAGUAACAUAGUUAGUAGUCCUCAAUAUAGCCAAGCGUACAAGGGGAAGUGGUGUCUACCAAUGUUCAUCACCAUUAUUGAAAGCUGUACUGAUCAGUUAGUUGAUAACGGGCAUUUAAAAAAAUUAUUUUGGCUUCACAGAAUGAUUUCUUAACUUCCAACUCAUCCGAGGUCAAGCCUUUUGUCUUUAUGUAUAACCGGUGUUUAGUCUGUUUUAGGAAUGAACCAGCAAGAUGUUCAUUUAAUUAAAACUGACCAAAGACAAUUAAUUCCUGGUCUAGUUUCCUGGGCACUGUGUGGCCCAGCUGCCACUAAAGACCUUUCUCCGAUCAAUUUGAGAACAAGCUGAGCUUCCGACCCCACUCGCCCUCCCCGCCCUCCCUCUCUUUUCCUCAUCGAGCUGCUCUGAGCUGUGGGAUCCUGGGAACAACUGUCGCCUUUCCUUGUUUUCAGUGCUAACUUUUCACCUUGAAGCGCCUUUUGAACCCCGGACAGAGCACACAACUGGAGGGAAUUGUGGGCUUGGGAGUUAAGACCAGAGAGUCUUUUCUCUGAAGUCACUAAAGCAGGGGUCAGGAGGGAAAUGGAUUGAUUCCUAAGGGACUGAAAGGUUUAUGUCUGGUGAAGAAAUGAAAUUGGAGUGGGAAGAGACACAGGGAAAUGGAGCCAUCCAUUGGCUACUUGCUGGAACCAGCAGUUCAGAGAUCUGCCUUAUAAACACUUAAAACAUUUGUGGUACACAAAGAGGAGCUGGUGGGAGAGAGACCUGUCCACAGGGCUCCCUUCAUUGGCGUCUCCUGGAGUGCCUUGUUGGGUGCCACCCUCUCUGAUUCAGGAGGCAUGGAUGCAGAGGACAUCUUGAGACCUGGUACCUGGUCAUCGUUGAGUGGCCAGGGCACAUACGUUUGAAACAAGUGAUGGGAAACCCUGAGGACUCACACAAUGGCCCUCCCUCUUAGCCUCUCUAUUCCUAACUUCUCAUCUUCCAGAUGGUUCCACACUAGAGCAAAUGCCUCAUUCUCUUGAGAAACCCAGAAAGGGGUGGAGGGGGGUGGUGCUUCUAAGCUGUGGUAGUGGGUCCUGCUGGGCAGGGAGGGAAGGGCAUGACAGAAGAAAAGACAGGAAGGGGCGAGCGGAGGCACGGCUUAGCGGGUUUUCCUGCCAUGCUAAUGUUGACAGUGCAGGUCAACUUCCCUGGUUCUCUGGGGUCUCUUCUCCACUGCGCUGAGUUCCAAGUGGAGAGUUCCACCUACUCCAAGCUGCCCAGGGGAACUGCCAGAAGGGACUUCACUGUCAGUCUGAGAUCUCCUGGCUGCGCUGAGGUUGAUCUGCCAGUAUUGUCCCAUCAUCUGGGACUGGCCACACGGCCAUUGCUGCCCUUUGCUGACCACUCCUUUCUGCGGGAACUGUCCCAGGCAAAUCACAAAGCUGUUCCUUGAAGUGGAACUGCCAGAGUGCACUUUCCUUCUGAGACGGAAGUGGGUCGAGGCUAGCUCUGUGCCCAGGCCCUCGUUCCAGGCGGUGUGACUGUUUACAUGGUUUGGCAAUAGGUUUGCUUCUGAUUGCUUCAGAGUGGCUGGUCUAUUUUGUUUUCUUUGCUUUCCUUUUCCCCUCAAAUUGUGACAGGAAAAACAAACUGAAACCACCCUAGGGAAUUGCUGGUUGCCUGUCCCCAUGUGAUGCUAACCGUGGCCCUCUUCUGGGUAUCAUUUCUCUACCUUAUGACCAAAUGCCCGUCCUAUAGAGUGUCUGAUUGGAUCCUCUGUUGCGUAUUCUGAUGGUGCCUGCUGGUUUGAUGUGGAGCUAUCCUGUGAAAUAAAACAGCUUAACUUUUUCUCACA